UAAUCCCAAAACACCAUCUCACAUACUCUCCUCAAGCCUCUCAUCUCAUCUCAUCUCCAAGCCUCUCCGAUCAUCAGAGCAGAACAGAGCCAAGACAAUGGCAGCAACCAUGGCGACAUCAGCCACGUGCAUGUCCCUAAACCCAUCUCCUCCUAAACUCCAAAACCAAACCAAACCCAAACCAUUCAUCUCCCUCCCAAACCCAACAAAACCCAACGUAUCUCUCGCCGUCUCAAGCACUGCCCUAGCAGGAGCCGUCUUCUCAUCCCUCAGCUACUCUGAGCCAGCCUUAGCCAUCCAUCAGAUCGCCCAGCUCGCUGCUGCUGACGCUGCUAGCGACAACCGUGGCAUAGCUCUUCUCCUCCCCAUCGUCCCAGCCAUUGCAUGGGUCCUCUACAACAUUCUCCAGCCAGCUCUUAACCAGAUCAACAAGAUGCGUGAGAGCAAAGGUAUCGUCGUUGGUCUAGGUAUUGGUGGUGGUCUUGCAGCGUCAGGGCUCUUGACUCCACCUCCAGAGGCUUACGCGGCGGCUGAAGCGGCUGCAGCAGGUUCAGACAGCAGAGGACAGUUGUUGUUGAUUGUUGUGACACCAGCUCUGCUUUGGGUUCUUUACAACAUAUUGCAGCCAGCUUUGAACCAACUCAACAAGAUGAGGUCUGGGGACUAAAUCUUUUACAUAUAUAUAUAUAAAACUAUUAUUAAUCAUCUUUGGGAUUCAAAAUGUAAAAUUAAUCCUCUGUUUCAUGGACAGUUUUAUGCUUAAAUUUUGGACUAAUAUCGUUUCAUUCA